UACACACACACACAAAUAAACAACUGUGAUACAUUCUUCUGUUUGAUUAUCAUUCGAAUUUGAAUAAAUAAAGCAAAAAAUGGCAUCCAACACCAAUGUAAGCGUUGCCGUUAGAAUUCGGCCAAAAUUACAACGUGAAGAAAUUGAUAUGUAUAAUAUUUGUACUCGGUGUACACCUGGUGAACCACAAGUUUGGCUUGGUGAUGAUAAAGCAUUUACAUUUGAUCAUGUCUUUGAUAUGUCUUCUAAACAAUCAGAAAUUUAUGAUGCUUGUGUUACAUCACUAAUUGAAGGUUGUUUCAAUGGCUAUAAUGCAACAAUACUUGCAUAUGGUCAAACUGGAUCAGGUAAAACCUAUACAAUGGGUACUGGAUUUGAUGUUACAUUUCCACAAGAACAAAGGGGUAUUAUUCCUCGUGCUGUUGAACAUUUAUUCGAAAAUAUCAAUAAAAGACGUGAUCAAGCCAAAAAUGAUGGUCUUCCAAUGCCUGAAUUUAGUAUUAGUACACAGUUCAUUGAAAUUUAUAAUGAUGAAAUUAUUGAUCUGUUGGCCGAAAAUCGAAACAAACGAAAUCGAAUACGUAUUAUGGAUGAUGAAGGCAUUGUAUUGCUUGGUGUUGAAUCAAAAUCCGUAUCUACUAGUGAUGAUACAAUGCAUUGUCUGAAAUCUGGUUCAUUAUUUCGUACAACAGGCGCUACAUUAAUGAAUGCCGAAUCAUCAAGAUCACAUGCAAUUUUUACACUUUUUAUUAAACAAACACGUAUAGAUUUAAUCAAAAAAGAGGAUGAUAAUGAAACGCCUGAACAAGAAGUAAUAACAUUAACUGCCAAAUUUAAUUUUGUCGAUCUUGCCGGUUCUGAACGUCUUUCUCGUACUGGUGCCGUUGGUGAACGUGCACGUGAAGGAAUAUCAAUAAAUACCGGAUUAUUACAUCUUGGCAAUGUGAUAUCAGCAUUAGGUGAUCGAACAAGAAAAAUGACACACAUACCAUAUCGUGAUUCAAAAUUAACACGUGUACUACAAGAUUCUCUUGGUGGUAACAGUGUUACAUUAAUGAUUGCCUGUAUUUCACCAUGUGAUAGAGAUUUUGUCGAAACAUUAAAUACAUUACGUUACGCUAAUCGAGCCAAAAAUAUCAAAAACAAAGUCACAGCCAAUCAAGAUUCACAGACACAACUUAUUAAUGAAUUACGUCGUCAAAUUAUGCAAUUACAGCUUGAAAAUCAAGAACUACGACAGGGUAAAUUAUUUGUCAAAAAUGAUGGCGAAGUUGAAUUGAAUGAUGUUUAUCAUGAAAAUGAAAUGCUACGAAGAGAAUUGAACAAUGCAAAUGUUCGUAUCAAAGCAUUGAACACACGAUUGACCGAUGUAAAUGAUGAAAAUAUUAAUCUGAAAGAAAAUUUGGUCAAAUAUCAGAUUGCUAAUAAUGAUGGCGGCGGUGGUGGUGGUGGUGGUGGUACCAGCAUUACGAAUCAAAAUGCAAAUGAAGAUGCAGCCGAAUCUUUUAUUAAAGCAUAUCUAAAAGAAAUCAGUGAUUUACGUUCAAGAGUUGUUGAAAGUGAACAUCUUAUUACUCAUUAUCGUAAACAAUUGAAUCGUACAACGAAUGAUGAAUACGAAACGAAUGGUGGAAUGGACAUUAUAGAAAAGGCUAAACAUGAUGUUGAAUUGGGAAAAUCUUUUUAUAAUCAAUUGAACCAUUCAAUGAGCUCACCAGAUAGCAAUGGUAAUCGUGUCACAGAUUUACAUGAUGAUGAUCAAGAGGAUUUCUCUGAAGAAGACAAUACUGAAGAUUUUGAAACAAAACUAGCAAAUCAUAAUGUUGAAUUGGCCAAUCUAAUGGAAAGUUUAGCUUCUAAGGAACGUUUAAUAGAAGAAUUUGAAGCUCGUGAACGACGAAUCAUUGAAUUGACUGAACAAUAUGAACAGAAAAUUGUUAGCUUCAAAAUGAAAAUCAAACAAAUUGAAGAAGAUCGUGAUAAAUUGAUGGGCAAAAUUAAAAAAGAAAACAAAGAUGAUCAUACAUCGAAAGCAAAGAAAGAAGAAUAUGAAAAACGAAUAUCCAAUCUACAGGCUGAUAUUCGUAAAUAUGAAAAUCUUAAACGUGAACAUAAGAAAAUGUUAAGCCAAGAAUCGAUUAGUAAAGAGCAGCUGAAAAAACUACGACAAGAAGUUCUUGAAGCAAAACAACAUCGUGUCAAAUUGAUUGCUCAGAUGCGUGAACAAAUGGGUAAACAUAAUAAAGAAUUGCUAAGGAAUCGAAUUAUGAUCAAUAAAUUAACACGUGAAGAUCAGAAAAAGGACAUGCAAAUUCGUAAUCUUGAAACGCGAUCAAAUCAACAGAAGAAAAUAUUACAACGUCGCGAAGAAGAGAUUAAAAAUCUAAAACGAUUAGCACGACCUGCUUAUAGUGAUCGUGUGGGUGGCCGUUUGCGACGUUACAUGAAUGGCGGCAGUACACCACAAAAAGCACGUGAUAAAUGGACACAAUUUGAACAGAAAUUCAACAAAAUUGUCGCACUUCGUACACAAUUUGAGCUUGAAGAGAAAAAAUUGACCCGCUACUAUGAAGAUAGACAAGAAUCAAUCGACCUGUUGAAUACGUUGAAAGAAAACAAUAAUGAUUAUGAUUAUUUUGAAUCGGUCAAAGAAAACAUUGAAUAUCUGGAUCAAUGUAUCAAAACUAGCCAAGGAAUCAUCAUGCAAUCGGAGGAUGAAAAUCUCAACAUUGAUCAAUUGUUCGAUAAACUUGAUCCAGAUGAAACGGAAUAUAUUUUGAAUAAAUUGGCAAAUAGUGCAAUCAAUCAUGCUAUCGUUGCAUCUCAACGUGAUGAAGAGCUUAAAGAAAAGGAUGCUAGAUGCAAAAAUUUAACCGAUGAAUAUGUUGCCCGUAGUCAAUUAUUGGAUUAUUUGAUUGAAACCAAUAAACUUCAACAACUGAAAUACGAAAACGAUAAUUAUGAUGAUGACAUAUUACCACAUAUUUCAGACAUUCCACCUUCGAAUCCAAAAUAUCGUCGAUUAACAAGAACACCGGCUGAAUUAUUGUUACCACCACAAAGUCAACAAGAACAAGAAAUUAAACAUCAACAAUUGGAAAUGAAUAGAACAUUUUGGCUGAUUAAAGACAAUGAUAAAAACAAUAUUGAUCAACAACAACAACAUUGUGAUUCAAAUUCGUUGAUGAUACAAAGUAUGUAUGAAUCUUCGAAUGCUGCUAAUACUGUUUCUUCUGCUGGUGGUGUAAAUCCAAACAAAUCGAGCUUAAAUGGUGGUGGUGGUGGUGCUGCUUCUGCUGUUCCGGUAGUAUGUCAUGUAUCGAAUGCAUCUUCACUCAAAGAAUUGAAUGACAUGUCAACAACAUGUGCAUCAUCAUGUAGUUCUUCUUCUAUACCGACUAAAAUGAUUUCACAUCAUCAUCAUUAUCUUUUAUCACCACAUUUGAUGAGACGUAGGAUUCCAUUGAAUAAUAAUAAUAAUCAUCAAUAUCAUAUCAACAACAACAACAACAACAACAUCAGCAGCAGCAGCAAUCAUAAUCAUUUGAUGAUGAAUAAUAAUAAUAACAAUAAUAAUCUGACAUCAUUUAAAAUGAAUCGUUUUAUGCGUAGCACUAGCAGCAACAGCAACAGCAGCAGCAAUAACAACAACAACAACAACAACAAUGAUCAUCAUCAAAAUUAUGAUUCAAAUUAUUGUCGACCAAAUGUUAUUGAUACUUUUAACAUUAAUGAAUCGUCAACAGCAGUAACUGGUACACCGCCCGGAUCACCAUCAAUAAAUCGUCGAAUUAAUCGUGAAACAACAAAAUCAUCAACAUUGAUGUGUUCAUCUAUGAAUAAUGAUUCGGAUGUUUUUUCUCGAUUGACUGGUGCCUCAACAGUUAGUAAUCAAGUAGAAAAUAGCAUUGGUCAAAUAUUACCAUGUACGACAACGAGUAGUAGUAAAGCAAUCGAUAAACAAUUUCCAUUGACAUGUACACAUAGCGUAGUUGGACAUAGACGAGCAGUAUUAUCAGUGACAGCUACAAAAGAAGUAUUAUUUAGUGGAUCAAAAGAUUGUACGGCAAAAAUUUGGGAUCUCAACCAAUGUACAGAAGUAUUUUCAUUGAAUGAUCAUCCAGAUGCUGUUAAUGUUGUACGAUAUGAAGAAUAUAAUAAAUUAAUUUUCACUUGUUCCAAAUCGAUCAUUAAAAUCUGGGAUCCACGCCAAAAACCAAUUAAUUGUGUACGAACAUUAAGUUCAACAGGUUUAACAACAGAUCUUGGUAAUGAUAUUUUCAUUUAUGAUAUACAACUAAGUGCCGAUGGUUCGAUUCUGUUUUCAACAUCCGAUCGUAUUGUUCGUGCAUGGGAUCUACGAAAAUUUCAACCAAUUUCUAGGCUAAAUACUGGCCAUAAUUCAUUGGUCACAUGUUUGGCCGUUGAUGAUGAUGAAAUCAAUGAUACACGUUUAGUCAUCACUGGUUCAAAAGAUCAUUAUAUAAAAGUUUUUGAAUUGGAACAAAAUCUAAAUGGAAUCUAUGUACCAAAAUAUACAUUACAGCCACCACAUUAUGAUGGUAUACAAGCAUUACGAUUGAUAAAUAAAGGCCGUUUCCUGUUUUCUGGUGGUCGUGAUGGUUAUAUUAAAAAAUGGGAUCUUACAGCACAAAGUUGUAUGGCCACAUAUAGUAAUCGUGGUUGGGUAUUAGCAUUGGAUACAUUCUUACAAGAAACUGUUCUAUUAUCAGCAUGUCGUAGUGGCUAUCUUCGUUUAUGGAGCACCGAAAAUUGUCAUUUAUUUGGCGAAAUACAAGCACAUCAAAUGGCCGUCAAUGAUAUUGCCACCAUACAGCAGACAAUAUUCACGGCAUCAAAUGAUUGUACAAUCAAUUUAUGGCAACAUCGUGAUAGUAGUCCUAUUGAAGAUAUUAUUAGCCAUUAACAAAUAAUCAUCAUCUUUCAUCUGUUAAUCAUUUAUCCAAUCAUCAGUAUUUCUACAUACACACACACACACACACACACUAGAAUAUCACACUUUUUUUUGUAUGCUACAAAAACAAAACAAAAAAAAAAUUAAUAACAAAUCAUCAUCACUAUAUUUUUGUAGGAAACACAAACUAAUUUUUGACUAAAAAAACAAAACAAAACAAAACAAAAACGACAAACAAACAAACAAACAAAA